UCGUCACAUUAAAUACUUUGUCGUAAAUUAAGUUGUGAUUUGCGAUCUAAAAUAAAAUAUCACCGAUCAUCAUUAUAAUCUUUGGUAUUAUAAAUUAUAUUUUCAAGUUCCAAGGUCUAAACAUAUGAGGAAAUCCUCCUUAUGCAGAAAAACACUUCAAACUAGUGAACCAGGAAGUUCCUGACAGAAUGAAAGGAAAGUUGCAGCUGAAUUUCCGUCUUGUCGUUUAAUCGUUUUUCUGCUGAAUGUUGUAUGUAGUUUGUUUCGAUAAACUAAACUGUAUGCUAAAAUGUCGGCGUCUGACACACAAAUGUUUUGUGUGUUUUAGUUGUUGUCAUGUAUUCAGAGAGUGUAUUAUAAGGUCUUAUAUGAAGGACAUGGACUUUAUUUGACAGCUGUGUUGUCGGUUGGAUGUAAGCUGUUCAGAAAUACACUGACCCGAUAAUGUCAUCACCCUCCGCCAGUACGAUGACAGCGAGUACAGUAAAUCACCUCUGGUCCCUGAAUGAUGUUCUGGGUCAGGGGGCAACAGCAAGCGUCUACAAAGCACGAAACAAGAAAACAGGUGAGCUGGUAGCAGUAAAGGUCUUCAAUCUGGUGAGCUACAACAGACCGUAUGAAGUUCAGAUGAGGGAGUUUGAUGUGCUGCAGAAGCUCAAUCACGUCAACAUUGUUAAACUUUUUGCUGUGGAGGAGAUGCAUAUGAACCCGAAGCAUAAGGUUCUUGUGAUGGAGUACUGCUCAGGUGGCAGCCUGCUAAACCUGCUGGAGGAGCCCGAAAACGCUUUUGGACUUCCUGAGUCCGAGUUUCUCAUUGUAUUGCAGUGUGUGGUCCAAGGGAUGAACCACUUGCGGGCGAAUGGGGUGGUCCACAGGGACAUCAAACCUGGCAAUAUUAUGAGGCAGGUGGGUGAAGAUGGACGCUCGGUGUACAAGCUCACAGACUUUGGUGCGGCCCGUGAGUUGGAGGAUGAUGAGAAGUUUAUGUCUAUAUAUGGCACAGAGGAAUACCUGCACCCUGACAUGUAUGAACGUGUAGUGAUGAGGGAACCCCACCAGAAAGCUUAUGGCGUUUCUGUGGAUCUUUGGAGCAUUGGUGUCACCUUUUAUCAUGCUGCGAGUGGCAGCCUUCCCUUUUUACCGUUCGGAGGCCCAAGGAAAAACAAGAAAACUAUGUACAAGAUCACAACAGAAAAGCCUGAGGGAGCCAUAGCAGGUGUACAGAAAGUAGCGGACGGCCCUAUUGAAUGGAGCUACCAUCUGCCACAUUGCUGCCAGCUCUCAGAAGGUUUGAAGACCCAGAUGGCCCCAGUGUUGGCCAGCAUACUGGAGGCCGAUCAAGAGAAGUGCUGGGGCUUCGUCCAGUUCUUCGCGGCCACCACUGACAUCCUGAACCGCAUCACGGUCCAUAUUUUCUCUCUCCAGCAAGCCACAGCACACAGCAUCUACAUCCAUUUUCACAACACAGUCUCUAUCUUUUUUGAGGACGUUCAGGCCCAGACUGGGAUUGAACCUGCGGUUCAGCAGUAUCUGUAUCAGGGUCAUCCUCUUAUAUUGGAGCCAAGCAUGAAAGUAGUCAACCUCCCUCCCACCAGUCCAGAUCGACCUAUUAUUCUGAUCAGCCGACGGCCAGAAAAACUAGUUGGACUCCCAUACAGAGAGCCUGAAGCCCUAGUUAUGCCCGCCAAGUUUGAUGUCAUGACAGAUUACACUUUCACAAAGGCCAUUGUUAGGGUCAUCCAUCAUUACCUGCGAAUAGCUCGAUCUAUGCAGAAGUACAGAGAGUUGAUCCUGCAGGGAUUAUAUAGCUACAUUGAAACCACGGGCUUGGAAACCAGUAAUGUAGCACACAGGAUUGCCAUGGUGAAUAUGAAGCUCCUGUCCUGCGUCGGCACAGAGGAAAACCUCCAUAAAUUCACUCACAAGUUUGCACAUGAGUUUCCAGACUUGACAGACAAGAAGAAGCUGACCCUGAUUGAAGAGGACCUGCAGAGGAUGUACGGCAGUGGAAUUAAAGAGUUUCAGACUCAGUUACAACAUCUGCAUGUCAUGCUGUCUAAACAUUCAGAGACACUGGCUCAAGACAAGAGCAUCCAGAAGUUGGAGGUUCUGUUGGGGAAAAUUACUGCAGUUCACCAGCAGUACUGCAGAGACAGAGCGACAGGAAAGCUCAGCUAUAAUGACGAACAAAUCCACAAGUUUGAAAAGCUCAAUUUGGCAUCUUAUAUAAAGAAAGUGAAGGCGUUGUUCAAGGACGACUGUGUGCAGAAAUAUCAGGAUGUUCUCGUAGCUGCCGGAAGCUGCAACAGAGUGCUGCAAGAGAUCCAAUCAAGUCUGGAGCAUUUUAGUGGUAUCCUACGACAGCGGAUGGGAGAUCUGCACAUGUGUGAAGCCCAGCAGAACAAGGUUCUGGAUAGUGCUGUGCUUAAAGCUCUUCACCAGCCAGUAGGAGCUGAGGGCAUCGAAGGAUCAAAAAAAGAGGACCACAUGAUUCUCAGAAUGAACAGAUUGAAAGACGAGAUGGAGGCUGUGGCACGAGAGCUACAGAAUAACAACAAUAUCAUAGAAAGACUUGGGGUGAAUACCCCGAAACUGCCAGUGGAGAAACAAAUACCUCAACCUAACCAGAUGUGAAGAUCUAAAAAAAAAACACCACAAUAAAAGGGAAAACAGAAAGAGAAACUGAAACAAUUAAUAGAGCACAAAAAGAUAUCCCAAAACAAAACUCUGUUUACACUUAACAUACUUUUGUCUAUGUUUAUAGCCAAUACAUUUAAAUGUUUUUUUUAUUUUUUAUUAUAUAACAGUGAACCAAAAUCAAAACUGUACAGACCCGGGGUUCACAUGGAUCUAGAAAAAUGGGUGGGAGUGUUAGCUGCCAGCGCACUUCUUUAAGGGACACUCCACUUUAAAAAAAAAUAUAUUCAAAAUAUGCUCAUAUGCUCCCCUAAAGUUAAACACAUUUGAUUCUUACGGUUUUGGAAUCCAUUCAGCUGAUCUACGGGUCUGGCACUAUUACUUUUAGCAUAGCUUAGCACAAUAGUUCCUAGCCAUACCUGCCUAGAAAAUCGCAGUUUUUAAUUUUAAUUUCUAGUUUGCCGCUUGAACAUUUUGAGUUUAGUCGCUUCAUUCGCACGGGAAAUUCUAGUCAUCGAGACAUGUAAAUUUGCAUCAUGGGAGGGGCAUCUGCGACUCCGCUCGCAUUCUGUAAUCACGUCACUACUAAAGCAAGCUGGUGAUUGGUUAAUGCGGUGCGUUUUUCCGCCAAAGCAAAAUUUUUUCAACUUGCGCGUUUGCCGCGGCAUUGCUCAGUUUGUGCCAUUCCCGCAAACUAGACGCGCGAAUGAGGCGGAAUCGUGUCUAAUGGGCCGCGCUAAACGCUCAAGUUUAAGUUUCAAGUUCAAUUUAUUUAUAUAGCACAUUUAAAAACAACAACCAGGGCUGACCAAAGUGCUGAACAAUAUACAAGAUAAAAAAUACAGCACCAAAACAGCAACCAGGGCUGACCAAGGGGCUGGACAAUAUAGACAAUAAAAAGAAAAACAGAAAUAAAAGGCAAUUCCAUAGCAAGCGAUCACAUUGAGUUAAAAGCUAAGGAGAAAAAAUAAGUUUUAAGAGAAGAUUUAAAAACAUUUAAAGAUUGAGCCGUUCUAAUGUAAAUGGGAAGACUGUUCCAAAGCCUAGGCCUGGCAACCGCAAAAGAUCUAUCUCCUCUUUUCUUUAACCGUGCCCUAGGGGCAGACAAAAGGCCCUGAUCACCAGACCUCAGGUUUCGUGUGGGAUUAUGAGGACAGAGUAGGUCAGACAAAUACGUUGGUGCCAGAUUGUGAAUGGAUUUAAAAACAAAUACAAGAAUUUUAAACUCAAUUCUAAAAUGCACCGGUAACCAAUGCAAUGAUUUUAGGAUGGGUGAAACAUGAUCAAACUUCUUUUGAGGAACUUUGCAGCAGCAUUCUGUACUAAUUUGCAUCAUUCGCGCCGUGAAACUUCCAGACACGUGUCAACGCAUCUUCACAUUGACAUAAAUUGAAAUCACUCGUGCUUGACACCUAUAGCGUGGCUGGUGUGAACGCAGCAUUAGUACACGAUGUAUCUUCUGAAGAGUCAAGUUUUAAAAAAUAUCGAAACUCUUUGGUUAUUUGUUUAGGCGCGAUGCUAAUGGUCUAAUCAGAUUCAAUGGAUUAUGCUAAGCUAUGCUAAAAGUGGUAGCGCCAGACCCGGAGAUCAGCUGGAUGGAUUCCAAAACGGUAAGAAUCAAAUGUUUAACUAUAGAAACUGGAAAAUGAGCAUAUUUUCAAAAAAGUGAUGUGUCCCUUUAAGGGAACAAUUCACAUUAGUGACACUAUAACAUGUAGUUAAAAUUGUGAUGCACAAUAAUACAUUGCCGUUAAAAGCCAAUAAGAAAACCUCAACAGUUCCAAAAAGUUUAAUUUAAAGUUACGACAGAUCAAUACUCCUACCGCAGCAGUUCUACUGUGUGACCUAGAGAUCCUUUUGCUUGGGUAUUGAUGGCUUGUGCAUUCAGCCGACAAUAAUGUUGUAAUUAUUGCAGAGCCAUGAAAUAAAGGGAUGUUAAAUCUU